GUCUUGACAUGUUUAAUUUAAUUUUGAAGUUUUAUUUUAAGAAAGGAGAACAAUUUUGCCGUCCAUAUAAAUACCCUUUUUGUGAAGACUCUACGGAGAGAACGUUUGCCGCUGAAAGUGAAUGUAUAGAUUUAUGCUUUACUGAACAAGAAAAAACUGUCUUGCCCGAUUUUAGAGUUAUUAGAUAA